AUGCUCCGCGGCAAGAACAAGAACAGAUCGGAGAACAGCGAGAGCAACGAGGGAACGGACGGCAAACAGCGUAGACCGAAAUGCGCCCGUUGUAGGAAUCACGGCCUGAUCUCCUGGCUGCGCGGCCACAAACGAGAGUGUCAUUAUCGGGAAUGUCUGUGUCCGAAGUGUUCGCUAAUUGCCGAACGGCAGCGAGUGAUGGCCGCACAGGUUGCUCUGAAAAGACAACAGGCGGCUGAGGACGCCAUCGCCCUUAAAAUGGCGAAGGUAGCGACCGGACAGAAGUUCGACCGACUUCCUCCCGGAAAGAUUUUCGGGAUGUCCGUGACGGAACCGAAAUCGACGGCGGAGCAGACCGAGGAUGCGAAAAAGAUCGACGGGAUCUCGGAGGACUUGCGGAAAGAUCUUCCGCACACGACCGUCAACAGCAUUUUGCCUGCUCGUCUUCAAAACUGUUCUGACAGUUCGGAUAGUUGUUCAAGAUCCAGAAGUCUUCUGUUCGACGCGAAUAAGAUGGACACUUCCAAGGAACUCGCUCCGGUCUCGCAAACUUCCGUGGAAACCCUAGCUCGUCUCUUUCCGAACACGAAGCUGUCGGUUCUGCAACUGGUGUUACAACGUUGCGGCCAGGAUCUGUUGAAGGCGAUCGAGUACUUCGCGAGCGACAGUCUGGGUAUCGUCGAGCCGACGCUGUCGACCAGCAUCGGUCACACAUCGGCCUCGGCCUUUCGGCCGCCGCAAACGGUCGCCGACAACGCCGUCGGAGAGCAACAGUCGCAACAGCAGCAACCGGUUUCCGGCACAAUGUUGGCACCGAUCUACACCAGCUUGUCCAGAAACGUCUACGGGGACGCGGGCUACUAUCUGCUGAACAUCGUGCCGACCGAGCAAUUCGCCAAAGGUGCCGAUCUGUCAUUAGCAAAAACCGCGACCGAUCAGGAGGCCAUCGCUCUAAAUUUCCGUUACAAUAAUUAUUUCAACCCCGGUGUGCAGCAGCAACUGAGGGAUGCGCACGUGUGCGCUCAGGUGGCGGCAGAUCGGCUGUCGGCCGCCAGAUCGGCGGGCAUUCUUCAUCAUCUGCCGCCCGCGGUGUUACCGAGCAUACCGUGCGUGCAACCGAAUUGCGCGCAAUGUAACUACAAGUUUUCGUGA